CCGAGUACUCCCAUCUCAACUGUGAUACACCAACCAUCAAAUAAUAAGCAGCUAUGUUGACAAAAUGGCUCUUCCAAAAACAAGACACCAUGAAGUAUGAGCAUCUUCACCAAAGGGACAGCAUUGAGCUGAGCCUAGAAUCUCACAAGACCGACUGCAAUACUGAAAUGGGGCACAAUCAAUUCAAUCCUCCCAGAAAGUCCUUUGCUUCGCGGAUCAAAAUACUCCUGCUCGUUUCCCUCGCGACCUUCGGCUUCGUUGACCUGGGAUUCAGAACAUAUACCUUGAUCCAAUCGCGAAGGACAGUCUCCUGCAAUUGCGGCGACACCAUAGUCGAGGCCCUCUCGAACAACUGCAAAUACGACUCUAUCGCUGCGGCGUGGCUACCUCCCGCUUGUCGAAACGACGAUCUCAUCGCCAAGUUCGAGAAAUCAGGCCCAAAUCCUGAUGGAAGCUGGCCAUAUUACGCAGACAAGAAUAAAACCAAGACGAUGACUCUUCACGAAGUCGCCAUGCUUCCCGAGACGGGAGGGCAUUUCUUCACCACGCAUCAUUGGCAUCUGGUUCAUUGUGCUUAUUAUUGGAAAAAGAUGUUUCUUGCUCCAGAAAAGGGGACGACCAUUGAACAUCGGUAUAAUAAUCUGGCACAUUUGGAUCACUGCGAGAUGAUGUUUUUGAAGAGGGAUCCGUUGGAUAAGAUCGUAACUGAGGCUGGGGUAGCGCUCCAUUCUGAUCGCACUGUGAUUGCCAAAGCUCAUGGGCACGAUCAUCAUGAUCAUGGAACUAUGAUGGGGAAGGAGACUUACUAGGGGGGUUCCAUUGAAUCCUGCAGGAGUUGCUCAGUCUCGAAUGAUUCGAAUGUCGACCGUAGAAGUUGUUCUCUUUUCCAUUUCUGUCUUGAACCAGCUAUUUUAGACAUCUACAAUCGACUCAGAUAUAGAAUUAGCUUGAUCGGCAGCUUAUACGAAAGUAUUACAGUAGGCUCUACCAAUGGGCAGCAGCUGAUCUACAGUUUUGAUAUAGCUCAGACGAUAUUUCCCAACCGCGUUGGAAAGGUAUUUUUGGUCACAUUUUUCAUUCCUGCUUUCUCAUACUAAUUACUUGGACGCUGGCGGGUUUUUGGGAAGAAGAAAAGAGAAAAGAAAGCGAUACAAUGAUCAUAUUGUCCGGGAUGUUGCUGAAGUCCAGAUUGAACUCCAUAUGGUCGUUCGAACACGAUUUGCCAUCCAUCCUCCGCCACAAACAGAUCUGCGCCAAAUUUACGGAACGCUUGCGAGCAGAUCUUUA